UCAUCUGUUGAUGGACAUUUGGCUUAUUUCCAGCUUUUGAUUAUUGUGAAUAAUGCCUCUGAACAUUGAUAUACAGGUAUCUGUUUGAGUCCCUGCUUCAAUUCCUUUGUGCAUAUACCCAGAAGUAGAAUUUCUGGAUCAUAUUGGUUGUUUGUGUCUUAAGACAGUGGUAUGUUUUAUUGUGUCAAACUCAAAAGGGUUGCUGAGAAGAAAAGCUUCAAAGCAUACAGUUGGCUCAAAAACAUAUGAGCUUCAUCCACUUGGGGUCAAGCCGCAUUUGACAGGGUGGAUUCAGAGCUUCCUUACGCAAACCUGUGAAGUAUAAAAGCCACAUCUAUGCUUAGUUAACUUUCAAGAGGCAAUAGUAGUUUUUCUUAGAGUUGCCCUCAUGGAGGGAAGUCUAGGUGCAGUUUGUGAGCUUUAAGCUAAAGUUUUUCAAGUGCUUAUCAUGGGUAGAUGUUUUGAGUCUUCUAAACUUUGUGGUUUUAAAAAACAUUACAAAUAAAUAUUUUAGCUUCUCUGAGGUUUUUAGUAGACCCUUUCAGUUCUAAAAAUUUGUGAUUGGCAUGUGAUAUGUAAUGAGCAGCUAUCCUCACUAAUUUGCUAUGCAUUCAUUUAAAUUUCCUCCAGAACUUUAGAUUGUUGUGUUUUGUUUUCUUUUUACCAAACAGGAUUUGCCCAAUAACAUGAUCCAUCAGGUGCCAAUUAAAUCACUCCCUCAAGAGUGGCUUUGGUGUGAAACAUGGUGUGAUGAUGCCUCUAAGAAAAGGGCAAAAACGAUAGAUUUGUGUAAUAAUCCAAUGACCAAAGAGCCUAAGCUGGAAGCAGCUGUUCGAAUUGUCCCAGAGUGGCAGGACUACGACCAGGAGAUCAAGCAGCUACAGACCCGCUUCCAGAGGGAGAAAGAGAUGGGAAUGCUGGACAAGGAGAAGACAACACAAGAGUCACGCUGGGAAGGACCUCAGAAACGAGAAGAGUUAUGAUCUUCAUUCACAAGAGGAUAGGAAAUUACACCAUUUGAAAAACACUUUUUAUAUUAAAUGCUAGUUUUUUCUGAUCUGUCUUUACAACUGCUGAUAAACUGGCUGGGCAGGUGUGCCACACCUUUUGAUUCUGAGCAUUUGAUUUUGACUUCUGCGCACCAGUGGGCUCUGGAUCUUUGGAGUUAAGGCUCUAUUGGAUUUGUACCUCAGAGGAAGACAAGUGGCUGAUCUUUUGAGACUCUGUAAAGAGCAAUCUUCUAACCAGAAGGGAAAAUGGCAAAGGCAACUGGAAGGAAAUGAGUCCUGUGGUGCCCACACCCAAGAGCACAUACAUGCUGUACCGCCACAGGAAGCCAACCAGCUAGAGCCACCAUGUUCUUCCUUACCUCAGUUUACUGGCAGCGGAACUCAGUCUGCAGCCUGCGCUUUGGUGGCAGAAGCUUCUGUGUGGCAGAAGCCUUGUCCAAGGUCCACACACCUUGAAGUUUAUGCCAGUGUGCUCCUGUGUCCUUUUGUUCUCUUCCCCAGCAUUAGGUUCAUUGUCGAAUUGAAACCCAACCAACAAUCAUGUGUCUUCGGGGUUGGCUUGUGGCAAAUUAAUUUGGGGAACAGGAUGGGUGGGUUGGGGUGAGGGUAGGGAAAAUACCAGGAGUAGGAGGACUCUGAGGUGUUUGGGGGGGAGGUGAGGAAGACAGAAAUUGGCCAUUCUCUUUUAUAAACCAUUAGUACCAUGUGACUAAUUUGAAAUGAAAACGAUUCUUAUUCCCCACCCAGCCCCAGUAAACUUUUUAGGUAAUUGUUUUGUAAACAA